AUGAGAAACGAUGAGGGUUCAACUUCAAUUCUCAAAGAUGAGAUAGCAAAACAUCGAGAUAUCCCGUUCAUGCCAGUCGAUAUUGGAGAAUCCAAAGAAUAUAUCUAUGGAACUUCUCACUAUGUUCUGCGCCUUUAUGGUUCUCUUAUCAAUGGUCAGAAAGCGGUCGUAACGAUCACUGGUAUUAAGGUUUUCUUUGAUAUUCGUGUUCCAGAGAAUGCAAGUAUCCCUAAAUUCUGGUCCAAAAUAAAAGGUAUACUUACAUCUGGGAAAGACAACAGGGGGGGUAUUAUAAACAUGAGUCUGAUUCGAAUGGAAUGUAUAAAAGCAUUCCCUAUCCGUGGCUAUCAUGCGGAAAAAAAGCCAUAUCUCCAUAUUAUUACACCCAAUAAAGACCUAAGGUUUACUGCUCUCGAUAUCAUCUCAAGUUACAAUUCAAAGGUUGAUCCCGAAUGUAAAAUAGAGACAGCUUCAGACGAUACAGGCACAUAUUAUCGUAAAGUUGCAAGAGAGUAUCGGAUACCACUUUCCGGCUGGGGAUUAAUAAGUGAUUAUAGAUAUAAUUUCGGUGCACCUUAUUAUGCGAAAUCCCAUCACUGCCCACAUGCAUUCUAUGUCCACAUUGAUAACUUUCGCCCCAUAAACAAUUUUGAACCACUUUAUAAAAUCUAUCCAUCUUCUCUCUUUACUUGCGACCGGACACUAGUUCUAACAUGGGACAUAGAAACACACGAUUCACGCGGACUAGGUAAUAAAGCCCCAGAAGCAAAAAAUGAAACAGCUCAAGUUUUUACGAUUUGUAUGACUAUCCACUGGAAAGACGACCCAAAACCACUAGAACAAAUAUGUCUUGUUGAUGUUGAGACAGCACCGGAGCCACACUGGACAACAAUUAUAUGUGGGAAUCAAGCCAAUUUAUUAAAAGCUUUUGCUUUAUGUUGGAAAUCCUUUGCCCCAGAUAUCCAGCUUGGUUUUAACGAUUCUGGUUAUGAUUGGCCUUUCAUUGCAGAAAAGGCUACUAAGUUAAAUGUUCUUAACUGGAUGGUUCAGCGAAUGUCGGCAAACCCGCAUAAGAAAGCUGAUGCUGAAUCCAUCCUCAUUUGGAAUUAUUUUGGUGGAACAGGAAAACCACUAACUAAUGGUUUCUUCCAAAGGAGCCAAUGGGUAAAGAAAGCGGAUAAGGGUCCCAAAAAAAUAUCAGGCGGAAAUUCCAUCAAUAUCAAAAUCAAUCCCACUUUGAGCAUCGAAUCAUCUUUUCUUAAACUUCUCGG